CGUGAACGCCUCACGAGCCUCACAGCAGAGACGCGCUGAUGAUCCAGCUGCUGUGCGCGCGAGCCCGCGUGUGUGUGCGCGCGCGCGCCGACAUGGACUCCGACUCUGGUUCUGUCUGACGGCUCGCGACAUUUUUUUUUUUUUUUAAAUGUUUUUAUUUUUACGCCAAAACUACUCACUUCUUCCGCGGCCGCACUCAUGCGCUUUGUCCGCCGCCCGUGAGCCAUGUCCAGAAGCCUGAAGAAGAGGAAGAACCACUGGACCAGCAAAGUCCGGGACAGCGUCCUCCGCCGGACCGCGGACGGGGAGCUGCUGGGGCUCGAGCUGACCGGCGGCGCGGAGAACGGACUCUUCCCGCUCAUCGGUGAAUUUUUCCCGGCCAGCGGGAAACUCUGCCACGGAGAACUCCUGCUGGAAGUCAACGACACCCCCGUGGCCGGACUGACCACCAGGGACGUCCACGCCGUGGUCAAACACUGCAAAGACCCCGUCCGCCUCAAGAGUGUCAAACAAGGGGGCGUAAUAGACAAAGACCUACGCCACUACCUCAACCUGCGCUUCCAGAAAGGCUCAGUGGACCACGAGCUGCAGCAGAUCAUCCGGGACAACCUCUACCUCCGAACCAUCCCCUGAAUAUGGCACCCCUAGUGGCUUAAAUUGCCAUUUGUCCAUGCUGACUACAGAUAUAAAAAAUUACAGCUCAAUAUAUUCAACAC